AUACAGUUUUAUUUGGAUAGUGCGGGAAGUUUGUUAGUUCGGGUGUUUGUUGCAUCGUUUUAUGUAAUAUUUAUACAGCAUCAAUUGCGAUUUGUAAUAGCUGCAACGGACUCCGUUCAUCCUGCCGCAACAUGUGGACGAAGACUUGUAAUCGAUGGCUGGCGGAGAUGCGGAUGCAGUAAAAAAUCGACGGACGAAGGACUGCCAUGUCGUGUCUUGAGGCCGCGUCGAAGGAAUCGCUGAGCCUGUAGGACCAAUAAAACAGAGUGAAGAUGGAAGUGCGCACGGAACGCAUGCGAACGGCAGGACGCAUCGCGCCGACGGGUCGGGUAACUCCAACGGUGCAACCACCCCUCGCCGGGGGCGGGAGGCGAAAAGCCAUACCGGUGCCACCCCCUCGGGUCCCGACUCCGAUGCCUGCUGUCAACAACAAUCAGCAGCAGAGAAAUAACGCGAAUGUCGUUCCAAUUGCCACGGUUUCGAUCCAGAAGAAAGAGCCGCAGGAAACGAUCGCCAGAAUCGCAAAACGCUAUCUGGACGACAACAUGCAGCAAGCAUGGAUAAACCCUCGACUAAUUUCGAUGAUAAACAUGGAGGCGGUGACAUCCACGGACUACAACUCGGCUAACCUCAGUCGAAACUUCAAUCAGGUCGGCUUCAACACCUACAAUUAUUCUCAGUUCGAGCAAAAGAUGCGGCCAAAGCAGAUCCUCAAGUACGGAGGCGACGAGUACAACGGCAGCUUGGACUACGCGCACCACUCGCAGAGGAAUACCUCGAAGACUGGGGGGCGGCACGACUCCAGGAACGGCUCGAAACACCCGCCGGAGGGUUUGGCACGUUUCGAAGAGCGAUACACCCGGAGCCGUUCGCAGCCAGAGAGGCAGCACCAAACGCAGAACGAAACGCGCUCGAAAUCGCAAGAUUCGCGUGAGCUGACCUUCUUCGAGAUCCGGAGGCCGCAGCUCGGGGGGCAGCGAGACGUUGGGAGAAACGAGCUCAAGUUCUACGAGAUCGACGGCCCGCCACCACCGCCGCUGGAGAAGCUAGGCAAAGAGGGGAAGUCGGCCCAGUCGGAAAAGGGCGAUAAGCGGGGGGGCGAGAAGGAGCAUAACAACCCUAAAAACAAUCCAAACGGAGUUACCGAUCAGGGUAAGCCUGUGCCUCCGAAAUACGACCCAGGACGAAACACCUUUGAAUCGUUUGCCGAUGCCCAGAUACCGAAUUACAAGAAACCGCAGCCCGUCUCUGUCGUCGAACCCCCCAAGUAUCGACCCUAUGACCGACCUCCCAGGUAUCAGGAAGCUCCUCCCAAGGCCGAACCGCCCCCCAAGUACCUUCAGGAUCCUCCGAAGUAUUCUGAGAUCGCCAAGAGGCAGCAGGAAGAAUCGAAACGGGCCCAGGAGGAAAGGCGACGUCGAAUCGGGAUCCGAGGAUUGCAGCAGGCGCCGGUACCAGAGACAGGAGGCGUGCCUCUCCUCGCCAGUGUAACGCCGACCGCGCGCGAAGCAGGACGGGUAGCGUCGCGUCAGCGCCCUUCCCAAAAGCAGAGCGACGUGCGUCCAAGGGUUGAAUCGUCUUUCGAAACGGUCAAGUGCAGUGAUGACCUCGGAGACCAGCAGCAUCAGCAUCAGCAGCAGCAGCAGCAGCAACAGCCGGUCGACGUGGUGCUCGUGACGGUGCAGGACGCGAAGCCGGAGAUGUUGAAGACCCAGGUGGGCCUCAAGGGGACGCCGGAACUGGGCCCGGUGGUGAAGUGCGGUGAGAAGUCGAACAAUCCUCACGAGAAGUCGAUGAUCAAGGCCAAGCAGGUCGAAGGGGGCGUCAAGUUUUACGGGGAGGUCAAGUCCGGCUACGACUUCAAGUCCUACGGCAGCAUAGACAAGCCGCCCCCUUCAUCGGCCCACGAGAAGAGCCACGCGAAGAGCCUUCCAGGGUACAACGUCACCCCCGCGAAACCGGGCGUCGAAACAUCGGGAAAAAUUGUUUACAGUGACAAGUACAGUGACAGCAAUGCCUACGAUCGUAAUAAACAUUUUUAUAAUCACCGUGCCGCGCACCCGAAACCGAACGUAUUUCAGGUCUAUCAGGAGACCAAGUACUCGUACAAUGUCAGCGGUGUUCCUGGUACUCCUGCUCAGGCCAGUGCUGCGGCAGCUUUCUUCGCUAGAGCCGCGCAAAAGCUAAACCUCUCAUCGAGUCCUCAUCGAAGACGCCGAUCCGGCGACGAGGGCAUCGCUUCGGAUGAACAACCGAUUUCUCCGAACGGCUAUGCCGCUCUUCUUCUCAAAUCUCCCCCACCGGCUCCUCCGGCGCUUCUCAGGAGGAUCGGCGUCAAGGAACUCACCGGUGUUGGAAAGGUGAAGGUGAUGCUGAGGGUGUCUUCGGGUGAAGGUGGAAGCUUCUUCAACGCCGACAAGAGGAAGAAGCAGGUGACUUUGGUGGACCCAGCAUCAGCGCAGUCGGUUUCGGCCGAGGAUCGAAGACCCACAGUAGCAGCCCCGAAGAUGUUUGCCUUCGACGCAAUAUUCACGGAGGAAGAUUCACAGACUGAAAUCUGCUCAAGCGCAUUGACGGACGUGAUCCAUGCGGUGAUUAACGGUACCGACGGAUGUCUCUUCUGUUUCGGUCACGCCGGUCUCGGCAAGUCUCACACCAUGCUAGGAACCCCGGAGGCUGGACACACCCUCGGAGCCAUUCCCUGCGCUAUCGCUUGGCUCUUUCGGGGAAUUUCCGAACAGCGUCAAAGGACUGGGGCUAGAUUUAGCGUACGAGUAAGCUGCGUCGAGUUGACCGCUGGACAACAGCAGAUCAGGGAUCUUCUAGCCGCACACGCGAAUGAUUCGGAGCAAUCGCCGGCCGUCUACCUCAGGGACGAUCCACUCUUCGGCACCCUUCAGCUGCAGCAGCACAGCGAGCUGCGAGCCCCGACUGCGGAAAGGGCCGCCUUUUACCUGGAUGCUGCAGCCGCCGGUCGUCAACGUGACGAAGGAGACGCUCACAUGCUUUACACUCUUCACGUCUACCAGUACAGCGUAGCUGGUAAAGGCGGAGUGGCCGGUGGUCGGAGCAGACUGCACCUGAUGGACCUCGGCAACUCUGACCGGGGUAAAUCGUCCGGUGGAAUACCACUUUCCGGGCUGGGCAACAUCCUCCUGGCGAUAUUCAACGGACAGAAGCAUCUCCCCUACAAGGAGCACAAGCUCACCCAACUGCUCAAGGAGUGUUUGGGCUCGCUGACCUGCCACGCUGCGAUGAUAGCCCACGUCUCACCGAACGCUCAGCACUAUACCGAGACCCUUACCACGGUCCAGCUGGCCUCGAGAAUCCACCGGAUGCGGAGACGGAAGAUAAAGUUCGUCGGUGGCGGGACGCAGGGUAACGGAAGCGGCGGAAGUUCCGGCGAGGAGGCCGCUCGGCAGAGCAGCGAGUGCGAUCCCAGCUCGAGCGACCUUUCGGCCGACACCGUAAUCUACGUCGGGCCCAGCGUCGACGACGCGACCGACGGAGAACACCCUCCGGUAUACAUUCCGAGCCUCAACUCCGGCGACAACCGCUGCGCGAUGGGCCGGGUCCUUCGGGGGUCAGCGGCCGAGAGGCCCAGCCGAAUACCGGAGGAGCGAAGCCCCGCGCACAAGACCACGAAGGUCGUCAAGGCCUUGACCCAGACCGCCUCCAAGCAGACGUCACCGGCGCACAGCGUCACUCCGAAGGCCAGUCCGUCCAGGAGGCCCUCCGUAAAGACGGGGACCGGCAAGGUGACCGACUCCCCGAUCAGCAAGAUCCCCGUACCAGCGCCUAGCGGCGGAUCCGACGAGCAGUGGAUCGACGGUCCAAGGAUAUCGAAGUCGAAGGUUGCCGAAGCCAGGCACAUGCUCAAGGAGGCCCACCACAAGCGGGAGACCUGGAUAGACGGGCCCAUGCAGCUGAGCGGCGUACCGCCCCAUGGCCAGCAUCCCGCGAGCUACGGGUUUAUGGACAGCCACAAGAAAAGCAUGAUCAGAAAGUGGGUGGAGAACCAGACCUCGCAGAUACAGAGAACGAAGCACGUCGCCCCGAGGAUCGACCCGAAGCUCGCGGGUCACGCCUCCUCGCAGUUCAAAGAAAUGACCACCUUCAAGACCUGCGACGAGGACGACAAGUCGUCGAUAGUCGACAGCGAGAGUAUAAAGAUGGGCGAUAUCGAAGACAUCACGGACAAGCUCGGGGCGAAGUUGAACCUGCUCAACGUCAAGUCCAACACCGAUUCUGGCCUCGAUCUUACCGCCAGUCCGGUCAUGGAGGACUGCCUCGACAGGAGCAAGAUCGACCUUCAGGACGACGACGACGAUGAUGAGGAAAUUAUCGUUCCUCCUCCUCUUCCGCUCAUCGAACCACUCAGCAACGGGGUCAGCAGGGAAGUGUCGAUGGAAAGCUUGAACCUCUCCCACAAGGACGUCGUCCUUCCAUCUCGACACUCGCUCUCCUCUGAGGACGAAAUACUCGAGAUCGUGGAGGUCGACGACUUCGAGCCUGUUCCCAUGCAGGACUCCUGUCUUCAGGUCACCGAGGAGGAUAUCGCCUUCUGCAUGGGUGAAAAUCCCUUGCCCGAAAGCGAUCAGGAAGAACAUCCUCUGAGGAUACUUAGCCAGGAGAAUCUCACCGUCGUCUCCACCUUCACUGACUCGAUGUCAGUGAUGUCGGACACGGACCGUUACCGCCCCCAGUAUCCGCCGUCAGCCGGAAUGGGGAUGCUGCCUCGACCGUACUUCGACCACGAGGACUUCCUGGAGCAGGAGACGAGGCACAAGUUCGAUCAAUUGGCCCGACUCCACGAACUCUAUCAGAGCAAACUCGCCCUCGCGAAUGUUUCCAAUUCCUUGACUUAUCAGAGGGAGAACUCCUCUUCGAUGAGCAUUCGUGACACACCAUCCGCCACGGUUCUUCGACCGCCGUCCCGUUGCCAAUCAUUGUCGCUGUCAGACGUCCUUUUCAACGACACCGCGAGCAACCAUGGAAGUAUUUACAGCGAGCCGGCUUACAUACCAGGAAAAACGGAGCAGGAAAAAAUAUGCGACAAUUGCCGACAGAGCAUGUCCCGUCCGGCAACAGCUUCUUACUGGUAUCCAGGCAGCGUCGCCCACCUCGCCUCCCCCAGGAGGUACUGCGGGAAACUCGGAGACUGCAGCAUAUCCAGCUUGAGGCAUCCGGACGGCGCCUCGAACCCGAACCUCAAGGAAGAAGUUGAAAGGAUACCAGGCAAUGGCGCCUCGGGGUCUGAUCCUGAGGAGGAAUACGUCGAGGCCAAAAAACUCUUCACCACCGCCGAAAGGGACGAGAGGACGGUUACAGGAAAAUCGGAUAUUGAAGAGGAGAACGGAACCUCAGCUUCCGUUCCGCUGCAGCUUUCGAUUCCGCCAUCAUCGAUCCCGUCUCCAGGAAGAACCCAGCGGAAGAUACUUAGUCUUGGUUCGUCGCUCGUCCUGAAUAAGGAAGGGUACGAUUCGGGCGCGGAUUCGACACCACGUGCGGCAAAAUUAUCCCCAGCAACCCUGUCGAGACACAGAGCAGAAAGCUCGGGUUACGACAGCAUCGUCAGAGACAGCGAGACCAGCAGCAUAGCGAGUGACUCUUCGCGACAAACGAGCGCGCUUCAGGAACACCAAGCGGUGGGACGGCUGGUGGACGAGUCCGCGGAGCCGCGGCAUCGGCGGGUGCCGGUCGACCCGGUGCCGGCCCUCCAAGAGGAGAUACUCGCCUACUCCGUCGAGGACGUGGCCCUCCUGGAACGGCGCGCUCGAGUUCGCUCGGAGCCGCGUGGCACGUUGUCCAGGAUACACAACCUGCGGCUGCACCAGCGCCUUCUUAGGCAAGAACUUAGGGAGGCGAAAAAACGACUCAUGAUACCCUCUGACCGAUGGAGCUUCGAACUCCACGUGGAAGACAGCAUGGACUGGCAGGACCCUUCGUUCCUGGAGGCCCUUGAAGCGGAAACGUUCAUAUUGCAGAAGAGGGUUCAGGCCUGCAAGAGCCACGUACUUCUGGUUACAUGUUUCGACUCUCGUCCGAUGGAGCGUCGUCGAGGGAUCGAACCACCGCCGGGUAUAAAAAUUACUUAACAGAGAUUGGUCUCGACGCUAAAGACCGUUUGCUGACCUGCACUGAUCGACUCGCCUAGAAAUAUUGGAAUGUCAGAGAAAUACUUCGUCCUCGAGUUAUAUACGUAUAUUGAAUGUGAAUCAGUAACGAUUAUAAUUGAAAUGCGAAUCAAGAAAGCAUCGAACUUGCAACGCAUGGUAAAAGAAGAAGAGAAACACAAUCGAUUUAUUAUCAUUGUGGUAAAUCAUAAAACCGUCGAUAUCCUUUCACGAAAAGUUAUUCUUCUCUCCAUAAUUUAUGUACAUGCAAAAAAAAAAAAAAAAAAAAAAACGUAUAAAUAUAUUAUAUAUAUAAAUAGUACUUACAAUUAUUUAACAAAGAAAAAUGGAGAAGUAGACGAAAGAAAAUGGUUAGAAUUAUUGUUAUAUAUAUAUAUAUAUAUUAUUACGAUGUAACGUGAUUGUAAAUAUUAUUGUUAAAUAUUUGACUGAUGCGAGGUGGUACGUAUAGAGAAAUUGAAAAAGAAAAAGUAAAAAUACGGUCAAAUAAUGAAUAAGGAGAAGGAUAUGAUGCAACUUAUUCCGAUUUUGAAGACUGCAAAUAUGCGGCAGCCUCUGCGGGCAAGAAUAUUUAUAGGGUUUAUGAAAGAGUUUUGAAUCUUAACCAAAUGGUCGUUACGUAUUAUUACUUUCUGACUGUAACUUAGGUACUUACACAGUAUAUAAAAAAAAAAAAACAGAUUACCGAAAACUAAAAAUUACAUUAAGAAAAAAAAAAUAGAAAUACAGUUAUUUUGUAUGAAAAUAUGCUACUAUUAUACAAUACAUAAUAUACAAAGCGUAGAUCCAACCGAAUUGUGAAUCGGCGCAAACGGUGUGGCAAUUUUUUUCAAAUGACAAAACAUAAUCCGAAGACUAACAUACGAAAUGCAUAAAUUCACACCGUAAAGAUACGAAAAAAUAUCUAUACAUCCGAGCAUCGGCAUAAUUACGAAGCGAAAAAUGGAAAAGAAUAAAAAAUCGUAAAUUAUAUUAUAAAUUGACAUUGAGGAAAAAGUUGAACCGGCCUACAAAAUAUACCAAAUUGUUUUCUCGUUUUUUCUUUCGAAUCAAUUUCUUCAUUCGUAGUUUUUUAUGUUAAAUAUUUUUCAUGUAAAGAGAUAUUUCGAAAAUUAUAACCUCAGGCGAUGUAAUUUAGGUUACAUAAUUCUCGAAUCGAACUUAAGCUGAAAACAAUAUUCUCUUCGGAGUUGAAACUUAGUGCGUGCUAAAUUUAGAAUUUUUCGACGAGGCGAGCGACGCGUGUGCGAGUAGUGUAAUAGUUAUGUAAUAUUAAAAUCAGGCAAUUUGCAUACAUGCGAUUUUAUACGUGCUGUGCGGGUAUUCAAUUACUGAAGUCAUAGCCGGCCAGUCGUUGGGAUGAUAAUGACGAUGCUCGGUACGCAGGUUCGAUAGAAUGCCGGAAACACGUAAUUAACGUAGACUGCAAAUGGAAUAAAAAAUAAAUAAAAAUGAUGUUAAAACGAUUUCAAUCAUAUAUUACGAAAAGUCAGAAACAUGAUUAAAUAAUACUGCCAAAAGAAAUGUUAUACGAUUUAAUAAAUAUAAUGGCGAAUAAAGAAGGGAAAGCAUUUUUUUAAAUGUCGUCAAUAAUAAUAGUUGUAAUAAUAAAAAUAAUGGUAAUGGCAAUGAUACACAUGCACGCACGUUAAUUCAAUAUUAUCGUAGCUUUAAUUGUUACUACCGCAGUUACCGCACUUGUAGAAUUUAUAUGACUCGGGCAUAUUCGUUCAUGACCGCAUAUAGUUAUAUGUAUAUAUGUAUUACAAUAUUAGUACGAUGCGAACAGAGAAAAGACGCAGGAACUCGUACUUGCAGUGAGAAAAAGGAAAUAAGAGGACAAAACGGAAAAGAAUCUUAGGAUCAAUUGAAAAAAAAUAAAUAAAUGAGCAGAAAUAUAAAUCGAAUCGUAACGAAACAUCUCGAACAUUUUCGUAAACUUCUGCUGAACUGCAUGAAAUUUUUGAUUUCAGAAUAAUUUACUGAGUCAUAAUCCCGCGUAGGUAUGUUAUCAUUAUGAGAAAUCAUCGUUAUAUUGAAAUGACGUAAAAGAAAAGAGGAAAAAAUGACUAAGUUCCAAUCUUUAUUUAAACAUGCAUUGUUGGUAAAGUCGUUUAUAUACGUACAAAAUCCCAACUUCAUCCCUACUGCACGUAUGCUCAAUUCUGUUUGUCAAUUUUUCUUUUUCUUCCUUUCUGUCGUUGUAUCCAAGUCGAAUAUGGCGUGAAAGUUAUAUUUUUGCACAAUAUUGAUUAUCCACAGAAAUGUCACGUUGUGCGGAUUGGCAAUUAUAGUAUUAAUUCCUUUGUGAAAUGGAAGGCCGGUAAAUUAACUUUCCUCCUUUUUUAUUUUAGUGAAUAUUAAAUUUUUCUAUCAAUAUGGAUCAAGAACUUAUUUCAAUUUUACACUUAUAUUUCCUCCUGUUAAUUUUUAUAAUUUCCGUUUUUCUUUCCAACAUAUAAAUGGGUGAUUUUAGGCAUAAUUAUACGCCGCCUGAUAAUUUUAAUAAUAAUAAUAAUGAUAAUAAUACUAACAAUAAUAAUAAUAAUAAUAUUAAUAAUAAUAUAUGUUAUUGGCGUCGAUACCGAAUUCGUUAUCGCAGUGCUGAUUAUGUAAAGGUGUAAUUAAAAUGUUUUCAACGCGCAUAUAAUAAUGUGAUUUCCGCGGGUGCAACAGAUUUAUUUCUAGUCCUUUUUUUACAUUUUUAUUUUAUACACAGGCAAUAUACAAAUAUAACAAUAAUAGUAAUUAUAAUAAUAAUAAAUAAUAAUUAUAAUAAUAAUUACAUUAAUAAUGAGAACAAUGAUAUGACGCGUUGCGAGAUAUUUUCUCUUAUUUCUCGCGCGUUACAUCUAUAUAAACAUAUGUAUAAAUAUGUAUAUACAUAUAUUUAUAUAGAUACAUAUGAGCGACAGAAAAAUAUGUAUUCACUCAUUUAUCGUAUAUUCAUAGUACAUGUACAUUGUAUAUGUAUAAUGUCGAAAAAAUCCGUCUAUCCUAUUCUUCUACAUCCCACUUAUAUAUCUCAUGUAUUAUAAUACUUGUAUUAUAUUUAUAUUUUAUAUGUACAAACUAGAUAUGUAAUUUCUUGUAAUAAAGAUCGAUUUACAACGUA